UCCUGCCACUUCCCGAAACUCUUUGGGACUGAUGAGGAGCUGGCAGAUGAGACUCCUGUGGCCCCUGGGCCCCUGCAACCCCCCAUGGUCACCAACCACCUGGUGCAGCUGGUGACAGCAGCCACCAAAGGCCCUGGGAGAUCCCCCCAAAUCCCUCGGCGCAGGGAGACACGGAGAUUCCCGGGGCCUGCUGGGAUCCUGCCCCAGCAGCACUCUGGGAAGCUGCUGGAGGAGAUCCUGGUUUCUCCUCCUCAAAUUCCAGCUCAUGGGGCUGUGGCCAAGCCACGGGCACAGGCACUGCCCAGUUCCCAGCUGCCCACGGAGGAGGAUUUUGGGAAGGGGCCUUGGCUUGCCAUGAAGACAGAGCUGGGGCUGGAUGAGAAGGAUCCCAGCUGCUUCCUCCACACCUACAGCGUGGUCAUGGUGCUGCGGAAGGCAGCCCUGAAGCAGCUCCCAAAAAACAAGGUUCCCAGCAUGGCUGUGAUGAUCAAGACCCUAACCAGGACCAACGUCGACGCUGGCGCCGUGUUCCGUGACCCGACAGGGGAGAUCCAGGGCACAGUGCAUCGUGUGCUGCUGGAGGAGAGGCAGAGUGAGCUCCGUCCUGGCUCCGUGCUGCUCCUGAGACAGGUUGGGGUCUUCUCCCCCUCCCACCGCAACCACUACCUCAACGUCACCCCCAACAACCUGCUCAGAAUCUUCCCCCCUGAGCCCGAGGGAAGCUGCUCCCAGCGGCAG